AUGGCCUGGCAAGAACCGCGUAACACGGGCAUGGUCUAUCGCCGGCUGGGCAACUCGGGACUUCACGUCUCGGCGUUGGGCCUCGGCAGCUGGCUCACCUUUGGCGGCCAGAACGGUGACGAGACGACGUUUGAGUGCAUGAAGCAGGCGUACGACUGCGGCAUCAACUUCUUCGACACAGCCGAGAGCUACGCCGGCGGACAGUCCGAGGUUGUCAUGGGCAAGGCUUUCAAGAAGUUUGGCUGGAACCGUAACGACAUUGUCGUGACGACCAAGCUCAACUGGGGCGGCGCCAACGGCGAGGUGCUCGUCAACAACCACGGCCUCAGCCGCAAGCACAUUAUCGAGGGCCUGCGCGCGUCUCUGAAGCGCCUCGACCUCGAGUACGUCGACGUCGUCUACGCCCACAGGCCCGAUCGCCUAACGCCCAUGGAGGAGACGGUGCGCGCCUUCAACCACGUCAUUGAAGUCAAGGGUUGGGCCAUGUACUGGGGGACGAGCGAGUGGAGCGCCGACGAGAUUGCCGAGGCCAGCGGUAUCGCCAAGCAGCUGGGUCUCAUCGGCCCCAUCGUCGAGCAGCCCUUUUACAACCUCUUGCACAGGCAAAAGGUCGAGGGCGAAUUCCAGCGUCUCUACAGCCGUUUCGGCAUUGGCCUGACGACCUUUAGCCCUCUCAAGUUUGGCCUCCUCAGCGGCAAGUACAACGACUCGCCCGACAGCCCUCCGGCCGGCAGCCGUUUUGCCAAGGGCGACGACAAGUUUGUCAGCUCCGUACGCGACGCCUACGGCGACAAGGCCUGGCAGGAUGACAUCGCCAAGGUGCAGAAGCUCAAGCUCGGCAUUCCGCAGGCCGAGCUCGCCCUUGCCUGGUGCCUCAAGAACCCCAACGUCUCCUCCGUCAUCACGGGCGCCUCCCGGCCAGAGCAGGUCGUCGCCAACUGCAAGGCUCUGCAGUCUCUGGACAAGUUGACGCCCGAUGUCAUGGCCGAGAUUGAUGAGGCUUUCGGCAAGAUUGAGCUGGAUCCUGCGCGACAGGACUAA